AUGACUUGGAUGCGUGUACUGCAAGCUGUAGUGGCCUUGGCUUCGUCGGCUUAUGGUGUUUCUAUCACAAUUGAUCCAGCUGGCAGUGCACAACCACGAGAAGCUCAGCUUGUGCGCAAAGAUGUGAGACCGAAGCCGCACACUUGCGAUGACAAGACAGCCUGCGGUGGCUGUCAGGGGUUGGAGCAGUCGGCCUGCGAGACUGCUUGCUGGAUUGAUCAGGGACAGCAGCAUUGCCUGCAGGAGUCCCAGGAGAGGGCCAGAAGUCGGAAAAGACUUUUACCAUCUCGCCCAAGGCGAGAUGUCGGAAACAACUCUUGGUCCAUUGAGUUUUGGAAGAUGUACGCCAAGGUCCUCCUCAUGCGGCGGUCCAUACUUUGGAUCGCGUUUUCUUUGGUGUUGGUCAGCGCCGAGCCAGAGGGAGCGGAGCAAUGUCCUUGCUACAACUUCACCCGUGACGACUAUGGCUUCAGCUGCGGCGCUCAUGACAUCAAUGGGUGCAACAAGACUUCUGCACCUGCGUGGUGCAGGGACAGUUGGUGCUACGUACAGCCCUCCACUUGCACAGUCACUCAUGAGAUGAGUAGCUCCAUCCCAGGACUUGCCUGGUCUUACACCACCUGUGGCUUUCGUGACCAAUUCUCGCGUAGCAACAUUACGGAGAGCCUCCGUGGUCAGACUCUGCGAGUGCAGUUCUUGGGCAACACCGGGGGCUGGAAGGGGAACUACUGCCCCGGUUUUGCCGGUCAGCCCUGUGAGGGUCAACGGGGCUACGGACCUGUGGGGCGUUUCUUCGACCUGGUGGCAGGCAACGCUGGGAUCACAGUGCAGCAGGUUACAGCGGUGCCCGACCCCGUCCGAGACCAGUUGGAGCGCAUGGGUCAGCGCUCGAAUUUUGACCUCUGUAUUUGGGCUACCGGAAUGGGAUAUGUGGAUGUUUGCGUGGCUUCGCUGGUGAUGUUGCCGAGACGAACCGAUGCUUCACCCUUCGUGAAUCUUUGGUCGGAGCCCACCAUCUUGGUAGGCCCAGUGGUGGACACAGCCCAAGACGUUUCCUUCAGCGAAAUGCUUGGUGCAGCCUUUCGACCCUUCAGUCCCAAUCUUUGGCUUACGUUGCUAGCUGUCGUCACGUCGAGUUCUCUUAUCAUCACAUACUUCGAAACGUCUCCGAAUGGACAAUUUCAGGACUUGCAUGGCAAGAGGGAGAAGGCUACAGAAGCAGUGUACCGGGCAUUCUACAGCCUCUUCAUGUGCGAGUCUCGGUUCGAGCCUUGCACGUUGGGCGGUCGGAUUGUUGGUCUCGGCCUUGCCUUUAUGUGCAUUCUUUUCGUUUGUGGCUACACGGCCACUUUGGCCUCGUUUCUGGUUGAGGAACGACGCCUUGCCCCAAGUGUGGAGAGCCUUCAGGAUGCUAUCAGAAGCAACUACAAGAUCUGCGCCCACCCAAGCCAUUCGAUAACCUUGGAGGUCAACGGUGUACCUACGGCCAACCAUGUGGAAGUCACCGUUCGCUCAGACAUUCUGCCUGCAGUCAGCUUGGAGAGUGGCAGCAAGUGCCAGGUUGCCGUCCUUUCGGAAGAAGACUUCGUGUCUGCCCAAUCGUCUAACGGUGGCAGCUUCUGUGGUCUCGAAAGAAUCGAUGGUGCAAUCGGCUCUCACAUGGUGGGCUUGUCCGUUUCAAACAAGUGGGCGCGCCAGUUAAAUUAUGCUGUAAGCUCUGCCGCUGCAGAUGGCCAGGUGCAGCGGGCCAUCAAUGAGCAUCAGCCCACGGACUACUGCACCAACAUCAAUGCUGAGCUCCGUAAUAGUAGCCAGCCGGUGGCUUUGACAGUCCAGGGUAUGCUGGGACCCUUCCUCAUCACCAUGCUCUUUACGAUCCUGGGUAUCCUGGCACAUGUGUCGCGCCUGGCCCUGUUCAAAACUAUCGAGGAAGGCAGGAAGGUCAGCCGCCAUGGCAACUUUCGCGACGGUCUCAUGGAGAUUGCGGAAGACAUCCACCGGGUUGCUUCAGGGCUGGUUCAUCCAACCUUUAGCUCGUCAGAGCAUAUGGAGCAUCCCUCGGAAGAGCUCGGACCAGUGAGCCAGAGCGUGGCAGGGCGCGAGCAGACGGACCAAAUCUUGAGGAGAGCCAACUUCGCGAAUCUGCUGUACGCAGAACUGCGGGAUGCCACAAAGUUGCUUCGAAAUCCGGAAGUUCGCAGCCCCCGAACGCCGCGAGUUCUCCCAGUGGAUGCUCAGGAGCCCACUCUAAAGGCGGUCUUCAAGCUGCGGGGCAACCAGCCCAAGGAGUGGUCUCCGGGAAGCGACUCCGUCACAGCCGAGACCGUGGUCAAGGGAGCACACGCACAACAAAAGACUUCAUUCGGCAUCCUUGCGACACACAAAAAGAAGCACAUCAGGUCCAUGUACUCGCCGAGGGACUUGUACUCCUAUCCACCCAGCAUCAACAGUGAGAUUGGUUGGCACUUAAGUGAAGAUGGUGUGCUACCUCGCCUUACGACCGGAGCAAAGCGCAUCUCGUACCCGAAGUCGACGUCUUCGAUGACGAAGCAUCAAGACAACAUGUGUGUGCCUCAUGAGUCUAAUGCGGGGGAUGGUGAAACCAGGUUCGAGCCCCACAAGGACUUCAUCAAUGUACUUAAUGUCUGGAACGACUUGACGGUAAGCCACAAACCCUGUAUGGACCGUCAACAAGUCAUGGCGAGGCGAAGGCGACCCUUCCAAGUCGCUUGA